AUGGUCCGGCAGAGGUGGCGUCUCACGGGUGUGUGGCAGCUCGGUUCCGACGUCGCGGGUCAGCAAUGGAACUCGGAGCAGGAGCGGCGGGCUUCGGAGCUCGGCGUCGCGCGGGCAGCAGCAGGUCGCGAUGGCCGGCGCGGGUUCAGUGGUGCUCAGCCGACGGCAAAGGGAAUCGUCGGGCACCGGGUCGAGCAAAGCUCGGUUCCGACGUCGCGGGUCAGCAAUGGAACUCGGAGCAGGAGCGGCGGGCUUCGGAGCUCCGGCGUCGCGCUGGGCAGCAGCAGGUCGCGAUGGCCGGCGCGGGUUCUGGUGGUGCUCAGCGACGGCAAAGGGGAAUCGUCGGGCACCGGGUCGAGCAAAGGUGACGCGGCGUCGGGGCAGAGCAGCGCGGGAGGUCUGGGCGCUGCAGAGGCGGGCACAGGUGGUGCAGAUCUGGUUCGAGCUGCUGCGGUCAGGAGCGGCACAGCUUCAGCAAGCGUCGGCGAGGGGCUGGGUAGAUCACGAACAGAGAGGUCGUCAGGGCGAUGGUGGCUCGGGAUAGGGAGCAAUGGCGGAGCUAUCACCGGCGGCAGACGGAAAGCGGGGGAGGACGUCGGUGCUGCAGGCUGGCGUCACGGGAGGAGACUUGCGGCAGUGGUCGUUGCAGCAGGCGUCGGGACGAGCUCGCUGGUGCAGAGGUGCGGUCGUCGGGCGUCAGGCACCGAGUGGUCGCGGACGCAGCAACAGCGGAGGUGUGGGCCGGUUCGGAAUCGGCAGUGUCGCGGGUUGCAGAAGCGCGGUGGUGUCGCUGGGCGUCGGCACUUGGGUCGUCGUGAGUCGGCGCGACGAUGGCUGGUGGAGACCGGCGAUGCGAGCGCAGCGCGGGUGAAGAGAAACUCACGAUUGGGCAGCAAAUGUGGGGAAGAAGAUGAACAGUAA